AUGCGUUCAGUCUCUGUACUUAUCUGUAUACUGAUGACACCCUGGGUAAUUGCGCUUUGGUCUGCUGCUUCCAUUGAUGAGCGUGGCAGCACCCUAGAAGGAUUCACCAAGGUGGAUCCCAAUGGGGCUCAAGGAGUCGAAGCCACCGCGGCAAAUAUGCUCGUUGAAUCUCCUUCUGGGAAAAAGCCGCAUCUUCUUGCAGGCCGUGAUCCAAGUUCCCGACCCUUACUAGUAAAGCUCGUUAACAACUUCGGCCACGGUAAUGUCAAAGCUUACAUUUCCGGCUUGGACCCGAACGGCAAUGUUUUUUUUGUAGGCUCUGAUGGCACUUCCAUCUACCCUGACGCUAAAUCGUCUCGUUCGCCUGUUGAGAUCUCGCAAGAGAUAGCUAUACCUCUACGCUCAGGGAACGAGCCGCUCAGCAUAAAAAUCCCCUCUUACAUUCGCUCUGGGCGUGUCUAUUUCUCAAUUGGUGACCUGAAGUUUUUCGUUGUCGACAUGGGUAAGGGUAGCAGCAUAAUUCAACCUUCUGUGACGAAUCAACGGGACCCAAACGCGAACACAAACUGGGGUUUCAUAGAGUUAACCUACAUCGACGAACUGCUUUACGCUAAUAUCAGUUACGUUGACUUUGUCGGUAUAGUUCUAGGAAUGAUGCUCGUCACAAAAGAUGGGAACAGCCAAACCACAGCUGGGCUUGAAACAGACGCAGUCACCAAGAUAUGUAAAGACUUAUCAAAGCAAAGCAAGCUAGACGGUCAUCGCUGGACUUCUUUGUGUGUUAUAAACGCCGACAGGAAUCCAAUUCGCGUAUUGUCUCCUGGCAACUACCAUGACAUCAACCCGGAGAUGUACGAUAAGUAUUGGGAUAGCUAUGUUGCCGAUGUUUGGAGGAAGUAUGCCGCGCAGGAUCUCAUCAUAGACACGCAAUCCGAGGCGGGUGUGGUCAAAUGCAGGGUUGUUGGUGGCAAAUUAGUUUGCAAUGGAAGCGAACAGAGGUUCGACAAGCCUACCGCGAAAGAUAUCUGGGGUUGCAAUAGUGGGCCGUUUGCUGCCUCCCAGCACAGUACUCCAAUUCACAUUGCUGUCAUUCCACGCCUUUGCGCCGCUUUCGUGCGAUCUACUUUGCUAGUUGAAGGUGGAAACAUACAGCCGAGCUUAGGCCAAGAGUCUUACUACACCACUGAUACUACCAAUCAUUACAGCCGGAUCGUUCAUUCGUAUGAGAUUGACGGCAGAGGUUACACAUUUGCCUACGACGAUGUUAAUCCAGAUGGCACUGAAGAUUCAUCUGGCGUACUGAGCUCAAACAAUGUUCAAGCGCUAGUAAUCCAUGUUGGUGGUCCCAUUACACAAGUAUCGCCACGAUAA